AUGGGUUCGUCCGGGGGCGGGAAGCGCGGCAGCGACGGCGGGAUGCCGUCGAUAGAGACGGUCGUGUCGAGCGAUUCCGCGCGGCUCGCUGCGCAGGCGGUGCUCCUGUUCGUCGGGGUUCUGUGGCACACUGCCAUGGUGGUUGCCGCUCUGCCGUUGCUCCUCGUCCAGAACGCCCUGCUGUCCAUCGCCCCCGGGAAAACGCGGGAACCAAGCAGUUCUGUUCGGUUCUACAAGGGCAAGGUGACACACACGCGGCACUCCCCGAAGGAGCACUCCUUCACCUACGCCGUCCGGAUGGCCGUCGUGUCGCUCGACCGCCCGCCCACGUGGUUCGCAGGGCAACAGCGGGACCACCUGACAGCAGAUGCGGCGAGGGCGGCGACGGGCACCAGGGGCCGCGUGGAGCUCCUGACGCACCCCGCGUGUCUCGGGUACGUUCAGAAUCCGAUCUCGGUGUACUACUGCCACGACGAGGACGGCGUGCUGCGCGCGUGCAUCGCGGAGGUGACGAACACGCCCUGGGCGGAGCGGACGUCGUUUGUGUUCCGGCCCGGUCAGCCGGGUGGCGGCGAGCGCGUGCGCAAGGCGCUGCACGUUUCGCCGCUGAUGGACAUGGACGCCAAGUGGCGGAUAGACACCGCGGAGCCGGGCGAGCGGCUCCGGCUGUCCGUGCUGUGCACCGAGCACCCGACGCUGCGCGGCCCGACGCGGGGGGGGGGGUUCUUCGGCGCGUGGCUGGAGGGGGAGCUGGACCGGGAGCGGCCCGCGGCGCGCAACGAGGAGGCCGGGCUCGGCACGCUGCUCCGGUACGGGUUCCAGCCGCACCGCGUCGCUUGGUGGAUAUACUCGCAGGCCGUGACGCUGCUGUGGAAAGGAGUGCCGUUUUACGGGCCGCCGGGGCUCGGGCCGCUCUGCUCGGCGUGCCGCGGCAGCGCACAUGGCCAUCCCAAGCGGGCGGACACGCAGGAGUUCUUCUGGUGGGCGCCCGCCAAGGGCUGGCCCUGGCAGACCUGA